GUCACAUACUGGUGAAAAGCCAUUUAAGUGCUCUCAGUGUGGAAGAGGUUUUGUGUCAGCUGGAGUUCUGAAAGCACAUAUUAGAACACACACUGGACUGAAAGCUUUUAAGUGUCUUAUAUGCAAUGGGGCCUUCACUACUGGUGGUAGCCUCAGGCGACAUAUGGGGAUCCAUAAUGACCUUCGACCGUAUAUGUGUCCAUAUUGUCAAAAAACAUUCAAAACAUCGCUGAACUGUAAAAAGCACAUGAAGACUCACAGAUACGAGCUUGCACAGCAACUUCAACAGCAUCAGCAGUCUGCUUCAAUAGAUGAUUCUGCAGUAGAUCAGCAAAGCAUUCAUGUUUCCACACAGAUGCAAGUGGAGAUUGAAAGUGAUGAGCUACAGCAGUCAGAAGCUGUUGCAGCGGAUCAGCAGGCUAUUUUAGAAUUAGACCAGCAGCCAGUAGUGGGCACAGAAGAGGCAGCACUAGAACAACAAUUGGCUGAUCAGCCUUUAGAGCAAGAUGAGGAUAGAUUUGUCACAUCCCAGCAUGCUUUGCAAGAAAACAUCACUCAGUUUGAGCAACAAACAAUAACACAGCAGCCAUUUGAUCAACAGGGCUUAUCACAAGGUUUUACAGUGAAUGACAGCUACAAUCAACAGACUCAAUUUCCAGCUGUACAGCAGCUGCAGGAUUCAAGCACGCUUGAAUCUCAGGCUCUUUCAACGAGUUACCAUCCACCAGCCCUUCUUCAGGUUCCGAAUACAGACACUAUCAAUGCAACGACUCGCUUGAUACAAGAUCAACCAUCACAAGAAGAGCUUGAAUUGCAUACCCAGCGGCCUCAUUUUCUUGAGGAUAAUGAAGAUCAAAGUAGGCGUUCUUACAGAUGCGAAUAUUGCAACAAGGGUUUUAAGAAAUCCAGCCAUUUGAAACAACAUGUACGAUCGCACACUGGUGAGAAACCUUAUAAAUGCCAACUCUGUGGCCGCGGCUUUGUUUCCUCAGGCGUUCUUAAGUCACAUGAGAAGACUCAUACAGGAGUUAAAGCAUUCAGCUGUAGCAUUUGCAAUACCUCCUUCACAACUAAUGGCAGCCUUACCAGGCACAUGGCAACUCACAUGAGCAUGAAGCCUUACAAGUGCCCAUUCUGUGAUGAAAGCUUUCGAACAACUGUUCACUGCAAAAAACAUAUGAAAAAACAUCAGGCAGUCUCCUCAGCUGUAGCAGCAGCUACAGAAGCAGGAGGGGGAGUUACAUGUGGUGAAGAUGAUGAUGAAAACUCUGAAAGAACUUCCAGAAAAUCACGUCCUGGUGUCAUAACUUUUACAGAAGAAGAAACAGCAGAACUGGCAAAGAUUAGGCCUCGAGAAAGUGCCACUGUCUCAGAGAAAGUUCUUGUCCAGUCUGCUGCAGAGAAAGACAGAAUUAGUGAGAUCAAAGAUAAGCAAGCAGAACUGGAGGCAGAGCCCAAAUAUGCCAACUGUUGUAGUUAUUGCCCUAAAAGCUUUAAAAAACCCAGUGAUUUAGUCAGGCAUGUUCGUAUCCAUACUGGAGAGAAGCCGUAUAAGUGUGAAGAAUGUGGAAAGAGUUUCACUGUAAAAUCCACUCUGGAUUGUCAUGUUAAAACACACACAGGCCAGAAGCUCUUCAGUUGUCACGUAUGCAGUAAUUCUUUUUCUACAAAAGGGAGUCUAAAAGUCCACAUGCGUCUGCAUACAGGAGCAAAGCCUUUUAAAUGUCCACACUGUGAUUUACGGUUUCGUACUUCAGGACGCCGAAAAACACACAUACAGUGUCAUUAUAAACCAGAGACAAAGAAAGUCAGGAAGCCUGUGACCCGUACUUCAGCUGAGGGACUACAGCCAGUCAGUCUUCUUAAUUCAUCCUCAACAGACCCUAAUGUUUUCAUCAUGAAUAACUCCGUUCUGACGAGUCAGUUUGAUCAAAAUUUACUUCAGCAAGGUCUUGUGGGCCAGGCAAUCCUGCCUGCUUCAGUGUCAGCUGGAGGUGACUUAACUGUGUCCUUGACAGAUGGUAGCUUGGCCACUCUUGAAGGAAUACAGUUACAACUUGCUGCUAAUCUGGUUGGACAAAAUGUUCAAAUUUCUGGAAUAGAUGCCACCAGUAUUAACAACAUAACAUUACAGAUCGAUCCAAGUAUUCUACAGCAGACGUUACAGCAGAGUAAUCUACUCACUCAGCAGCUAACUGGAGACCCCAGUAUGGCUCCCCAGAACCCCUCUCUCCAGGCGACAGAAAACACGGUGCCAGCUAAUGUGGUUAUUCAGCCUCUCUCAGGCCUCUCUUUGCAGCCCACAGUAACAUCCUCUGCUAACAUGGCAAUAGGAUCCCUGUCUGAGCAGGAAUCCGUGCUGACAACCAGCACUAGCGGUGCACAGGACAUCUCUCAAGUCAUGACUUCACCGGGUGUGGUAUCAUCUUCAAAUGGACAACAUGAGAUAAUGUUGACCAUAAAUAAUUCCAGUUUGAGUCAAGUUCUGGCUCACGCUUCAGGAUCUGCUACUACAAGUUCAUCAGGAAGUCCUCAAGAAAUUACUCUGACAAUAUCUGGUCAAGAUCUUAUUCAGCAUAAUUCUGGAAGCAGUGAUCUGAACAGUGGCUUAAGGCUGACAGCACCGACCAUCAACAGUCAGACUACAAGUGCUACAUUAACAAUAAGCAAUGACCAGCUUCUUUCUCAGGGCCCUUCACUAAAUGCUCCAGAACUUAAUACAACAGGUGGAGCAAACCUUCCUUCAGCAACACCCAUAUCUCAGUCUGCGGUUUCUGCCCAGAAUUUGGUAAUGUCUUCAUCAGGAGUUGGAGGAGAUGGUAGUGUCACCUUGACUCUUGCUGACACUCAGGGAAUGUUAUCAGGUGGUCUUGAUGCGGUUACACUUAAUAUCACUUCACAGGGUCAGCAGUUCCCUGCUAUACUCACAGAUACCAGUCUCUCUAGCCAAAGUGGGUCAGGCUCACAGCAGGUCAUACUGGUGAGCCAUACACCCCAUUCAGCAUCUGCAAACUCUGAUGAAAUAACGUAUCAGGUGACAGAGGUUUCUCCUAAUGUGACUAAAAGCAGUCAAGCAGAAAAAGAAGGUCGCGUUCACCAGUGUUUCGAGUGUAGUCAAACCUUUUCUUCAGCCACUAUGUUGAUGCACCACAGUAAAGAGGUUCACGGCAAGGAAAGAAUACAUGUUUGCCACGUCUGCAAUAAAGCCUUUAAACGGGCAACACAUCUCAAGGAACACAUGCAAACCCAUCAGGCUGGACCUUCACUGAGUUCCCAGAAGCCUAGAGUGUUUAAAUGUGAUACUUGUGAAAAAGCUUUUGCUAAGCCAAGUCAGCUGGAGAGACAUAGUCGCAUUCACACAGGGGAACGACCAUUUCAGUGUACGCUGUGUGAAAAGGCUUUUAAUCAGAAGAGUGCGCUUCAAGUCCACAUGAAAAAGCACACAGGAGAGAGGCCUUAUAAAUGUGAUUACUGUGCAAUGGGAUUUACACAGAAAAGCAAUAUGAAACUGCAUAUGAAGCGGGCUCACGGUUACACUGGUCCUGUACAAGAGCCUGCUAGUCACCAAGAACAUGAAGGAGAAGAUAUUAGUCGUGCUCUGAAUUUAGAAGAAGUAGUUCAAGAAUCUUCAAAUGAAUGGCAAAGUAUAGGCAAUGUUUUUCGAUGACACCUUAACAUUUGAACACUAAAAAUGUUUCUGGACCUUGAAUUCUCAGAACAAGUUUUCAGAAAAAGACGAAUUUUACAGUUACAGCUUCAAGCAUUGAAACUAUUAACAAUAGAAUAAUAUAUUAUUGUUUUCUUAAUUAUUUACAAAAAUUACCUAAAAGAAUCAUUCUUUUUUUAAAACUUAUGGAAGAAUAUUGGGAAAACAUCAUUUAGUCCAGGCU